AUGGACGUUUCAUCACCUUCCAAAAGACGCGUGCUUGCAUCCCUCGACGUAAACGCGCCAUCUCCCAACUCGAAAGCCGCCGGCCUCAAACAACACGCAAAGACAGAUCUCUCGCCCUCGGGCAUAUUGAAGCCGUUCCGGGACGCGGCACACCUCUCUGUGUCUCCGGAGCACAAGAAGAGAACCCUACCUUCCGAAUCGAACCAGCAGCAACCGGCGAAGAAGCCCUGUCUCGACACAAUGGCUGUCCCUACUUCCGUGCCCGAGUCACGAGUGGUGGAGGCGAACAUGGGAGACUUGGAAAUGGCCGAGCCAGACGGCUCCCACACAACAACACGGCAACGCUCGGUCUCGCCGGACGCGUGCUCCGUCUUCGAUAACUCCGUCGUCGACACGUCCCAGGCGACGGCGUUCACCGAGCCGGAUCUCGACGGCGUUGUCCCCAUUGGAGCCAUCCCGACUAUCGCCGUGCAUGUGCCGCUACCGCCGCCCCAGCCGCGUCGGGUACCGACGCGUGAGGAAUCAAGACAAAAAGCCGAAAUACUGAAGCUACGGCUCGGCCUGGCGAACUACAAGCUGCGGACCGGCCAGGCCGACGUGCCGCUGGACCAGCUGCAAAUGAGGCCCAUGCCCGGCGCGAAGAGGCGGUCGCCCGGCCUGCCGCCAUCGUCAUCCGCAGCCACGAUACGGGCUCCCGCACCACAUGCAUCACAGGAGUGGUUCAGGCCUGCCGCGCAGCCGACAAGCGGGCGCGAUGCUGCCGCGCAGGCGGGCGAGGACGGCGAGCAGCAGAACGCCUCCGGCCAGGAGGAGGAAGAGGACGAUGGUGAGGCCGAGGGCGCGCCGCCUGUCCGUGCCCACGCUCAUGCUCAUGCUCAUGCUCAUCCAUUCUCGCCGGAGAAGAACCUGCUGCCGAGACUGGCGGCGUCUGGUCUGUACACGCCGCAGAGAAGUCGGUUUGCAGAAGAGGAUGAGAAGUUGACGAGCAGCGCGCUGAGGGGCGGUGCGGUCAAUGGGCUGUUGAGCCUGGCUAGGGGUUAG